ACACGCUGCGACGACGAUCAGUCCUCGUGAGUCGCCAGAACGAAUACAAUAUAUAAUAUACACGAUAUAUAAUAUUUAUAUUUCAAUAUACUACGCGGCUCUGCUGCAGUUUCCUAUAGCUAUGGCUCGGUGGCGCACGGUCCAAUCCGCGACAGUGCCGUUCGUAUACACAUCUUCCGUCGCGGUGCAAUUGCUGAUAGCUGCAGUGGCAGCUUUGUCUUCGUCGGCGUCAGCUUCGGGAUGGACCAACUCGACGGACGUAAUCCGGGUAGUUCAGUUCAGCAACAGUCUGGUGCCUCCUCUGUUUAACCACUACUCCAGAGGACGAGACAACCUGGUAUUGGCGCCAUUCGGGGUGGCUACUAACGUAGCCAUGAUGCUGGAAGGUUUGCAAGGUCGAGCCGCCGAAGAGGUAACCGCGCUGUUCCGGCUCCAAGCAAAGGAAGUUCGUCAACAACUGAGGAGAGGUUUUAAAAUGAUUUUUGAUACGUUCGGGGAUGAUUCGGACGGUGAUUUUGCCGGAUCUUACAACAAAGCAUCUGUGACCAGUUCCCGGGUUAUGCCAUCGUCAUACAUAAACAGACUUUCGAAAUAUUACCAAGCUAAUGUUACUACGAUACGAAGCGAGAAUUCGAACAACAGCUUAAGUGAUAUUUUAGAAUUACGGAGUGACACAGGAAUAAUAAGUCAUUGGAAAGACUACCAAAAACUAGCCACGUACACUUACUUAUCGUAUCAGCCAUCAGCACCGUUUACUAAAGCUGAUGGUUCAAUUGUCCAUGUCCCAAUGAUACCACAGACAGGAAUGUUCAAAAUCGGAUAUGUACCACAAUUAAAGUGUUUAGCUGCUGAACUAAUGUUUGAGACCGACAAAGUGAGCAUGCUUAUCAUGAUGCCGGAUGACGUUAACGGUUCCGAGCUGAUGAUCGAGAGGUUGUCCAAAGAUAACUUUUUGGACAUUUUAGACUCACUGGGCUACCAAAACACAGAGGUUCUAUUGCCACAGCUGGCCGCGUUCACGAAUGGUCUAGAUUUGGAGCCGUUCUUCAAGAAGCUCGGCGUCAAGGCGGCCUUCAACCAGACGGUUAGUGGUGGCGGCAACAACAGUAACAAAACUUCGUCAAUGAGCGGCGAUCACGCGUCCAAGUCUCCCGUGAUCACUUUACUGUCGAUGAAACAAAACGCGUACUUUUCAAUGUCGUUCAUCACAAUCAAUUCAGUUGGUUCGGUUGGCACAAAGUUAGGUAUCCGUCCGUCUGCCCCGAGACAAAAACGAGGCAUUGCUACUAAAGUAGUAUUUGACAGGCCGUUUGUAUUUUUUGUUUACAACAAACUAACUGGACUAAUUAUGUUGGCAGGAAAAAUAACAAACCCUACUCAAGUGCCUAACUCAAGUAAAUGAUAAUUUUUAUGUGUUUAAUAAUAAGUAAGUGCUUAUAAUUUGUAUAGUUAAUACUUGCUACCUAGUUAUAAUUUAUAUAAUAUUUUAAAUCUAAUUUAGAAUUUAAAAGUUUUAAUUUAAAUCAUAAAUAGAAUAUUUAUUUGUAUAUAAAUCGUUAUUUUUGUAUGUAUAUUUUAAUUCAAUUUUGUUUUUAAAUUUUUAUAUGACUUGGUGUAUACGAUGUAAUGCUAGAUGAGGUCAUAUAGAUGUGUUAUAAAAACUAGUUAUACAAUAAUACUUAAUCAAUAUGUGCUAUGAAAGUAUUAAUUUAAAAAAUAUUUAAAUAUUCAUUCAAUCGUCACUAUUUAGUGUAAUCUUGUAUUAUUUAUACACAUAUACACACAUACCUAAAUAUUAUAACUAUGAUUUUUUUAAAAGCUGUAUACAAUUAAUU